ACCAUUCACACGCUCUCAGUGGCUGUGACACGAGCGAAGGGGCAUUUCGAAGUAUCAUAUUCAAAUCAGUCUCCGGCGAGGGACGGAAGAAGUGCACAGUUUGAACAAAUGGAGGAAGAUAGGACUGAACAGAUGAAACCCCUCCUAACCACAGGCAAUGAUGAGGAAGCUGUUGUUGAUCAGGGGAAAACCAGCUCUACCAUCCACACAAACUUUGAAAAAGAGGAACUUGAAAGUCACAGGGCAGUUUAUGUGGGCGUACACGUGCCUUUAGGAAAACAAAGCAGACGUAGGCAUCGCCACCGUGGUCACAAGCACCAUCGGAAAAGGAAGGACAGAGGGUCUGAGCGAGAGGACGGGAGAGAAUCGCCAGCGUACGACACUCCCUCACAGAGGGUCCAGUUUAUCCUUGGCACUGAGGAUGAUGAUGAGGAGCAUAUUCCUCAUGACCUCUUCACUGAGCUCGAUGAGCUGUCCUUCCGCGACGGGCAGGCUUACGAGUGGAAAGAGACGGCCAGGUGGUUGAAGUUUGAGGAGGAUGUUGAGGAUGGAGGAGAUCGUUGGAGUAAGCCCUACGUCGCCACGCUUUCCCUGCACAGCCUGUUUGAGUUACGGAGCUGUAUUCUCAAUGGCACAGUCAUGCUGGACAUGAGAGCAAACACCAUUGAGGAGAUAGCAGACAUGGUAUUAGACAACAUGGUAGCGUCUGAGCAGCUGGACGAGAGUUUGAGGGAAAAGGUGCGGGAUGCUGUGCUGAAGAGACAUCACCACCAGAACGAGAAGAAACUCAGCAAUCGCAUCCCGCUUGUUCGCUCCUUCGCGGACAUAGGCAAGAAACAUUCAGACCCGCACUUGCUUGAGAGGAAUGGUCUUCUUGCAUCCCCCCAGUCGGCCCCGGGGAGCCUGGAGAACAGUAAGCCCAGUGAAAGCCGGAUGAAUGGCGCUGGUGGCAGCAGGGAAAACAGCACUGUGGACUUUAGCAAGGACAGCCAAUCCCCUUUUCACUGUAGUUGCGGCUCUCUGGGAGGGGGCGGCAAAAGGCCUACUGUGGACAUGAAUUUCAUGAAGAAGAUUCCUCCGGGUGCUGAGGCCUCAAAUGUUUUGGUGGGGGAGGUUGAUUUCCUUGAGCGUCCGAUCAUCGCCUUUAUCCGUCUCUCACCUGCUGUUCUUCUCACUGGACUGACCGAAGUGCCCGUUCCAACGAGGUUUCUCUUCUUGCUGUUGGGGCCUUUCGGUAAAGGGGGCCAAUACCAUGAGAUUGGCAGGUCGAUAGCUACUUUAAUGACAGAUGAGAUCUUUCAUGAUGUAGCAUACAAAGCCAAAGACAGGAAUGACCUUCUGUCUGGCAUAGAUGAGUUCUUGGACCAGGUGACAGUGCUGCCUCCAGGAGAAUGGGACCCCACAAUACGAAUCGAGCCGCCAAAGAGCGUCCCGUCUCAGGAGAAGAGGAAGAUGCCUUCCAUGCCUAAUGGCUCUGCUCCACUAUCAGAGUCUAUCAAAGAAGAGGAACACCACACUGGACCUGAACUCAAAAGGACAGGACGGAUAUUUGGCGGUCUGGUGCUAGACAUUAAGCGGAAAGCUCCGUUUUACUGGAGCGACGUGCGGGACGCUCUCAGCCUGCAGUGCUUGGCCUCCAUCCUUUUUCUUUAUUGUGCCUGCAUGUCCCCUGUCAUCACCUUUGGAGGCCUUCUGGGGGAAGCCACCAAAAACAACAUAAGUGCCAUUGAGUCUCUGUUUGGAGCUUCGCUGACCGGUGUGGCCUUCUCUCUGUUUUCUGGUCAGCCUCUCACUAUCCUGGGCAGCACUGGGCCAGUUCUAGUUUUCGAGAAGAUUCUUUUUAAGUUCUGCAGUGACUACGGUCUGUCCUACCUCCCUCUGCGCACUAGCAUUGGCCUGUGGACGGCCUUCUUGUGUAUUGUGUUGGUUGCCACAGAUGCCAGCUCUCUAGUGUGCUAUAUAACAAGAUUCACAGAGGAAGCCUUCGCUGCUCUUAUCUGCAUCAUUUUCAUCUAUGAGGCCUUGGAGAAGCUCUUCCAGCUUGGGGAGAUGUUCCCUUUCAACAUGCACGACAGUUUAGACAACCUUACGUUUUACACAUGUCAGUGUUCACCUCCAUCCAAUAUCACAGACAAGAUGGUACAGGCAUGGAAUCAGUCUGGUUUUAACCCUGAGACCAUGAACUGGAAUGACCUUGAUGUGCCAAAUUGCAAGAAACUCCAUGGCGAGUUUGUGGGUCCUGCUUGCGGACAUCAUGGCCCGUACAUCCCUGACGUCUUGUUCUGGUCUGUCAUUCUGUUCUUCACCACUUUCUUCCUGUCAUCCUUCCUCAAGCAGUUCAAGACCAAGCGCUAUUUUCCCACUAAGGUCCGCUCUUCAAUCAGUGACUUUGCAGUUUUCCUAACCAUCAUGAUUAUGGUCUUGGUUGAUUAUUUGGUGGGCGUCCCCUCUCCUAAACUACACGUUCCAGAUACCUUUGAGCCCACCUCUAAAAACCGGGGUUGGCUGAUCUCCCCUCUGGGCGAUAACCCCACAUGGACGUUGUUUGCAGCAGCCAUCCCUGCCCUCCUGUGCACCAUCCUGAUCUUCAUGGAUCAGCAGAUCACUGCUGUCAUCAUCAACCGUAAGGAACACAAGCUGAAGAAAGGCUGCGGGUAUCAUCUUGACCUUCUGGUGGUGGCCGUGAUGCUGGGCGUAUGUUCUGUGAUGGGCCUGCCCUGGUUUGUCGCUGCCACUGUCCUCUCCAUCUCUCACGUCAACAGCUUGAAGGUGGAGUCGGAGUGCUCGGCCCCGGGAGAGCAGCCUAAGUUUUUGGGUAUUCGUGAGCAGAGGGUUACUGGGCUCAUGAUCUUUGUGCUUAUGGGGUUGUCUGUCUUCAUGACAUCUAUUCUAAAGUUUAUCCCAAUGCCCGUGUUGUAUGGAGUGUUCCUCUAUAUGGGUGUCUCCUCACUCAAAGGCAUACAGUUCUUUGACCGUAUUAAGCUGUUUGGGAUGCCGGCAAAGCACCAGCCUGACCUGAUCUACCUGAGAUACGUGCCGCUGUGGAAGGUUCACAUAUUCACACUUGUUCAGCUGACCUGCCUGGUGCUGUUGUGGGUCAUCAAAGCGUCUGCUGCCGCGGUGGUCUUCCCUAUGAUGGUUCUUGCUCUGGUAUUCGUGAGGAAGCUUCUGGAUUUCUGCUUUAUGAAGAGGGAGCUUAGCUGGUUGGAUGACCUAAUGCCAGAAAGCAAGAAGAAAAAGGAAGACGACAAAAAGAAAAAGGCGAAAGAGGAAGCGCAGCGCAUGAUGGAGUCUGAAGGAGGAAUAGCAAUCCCCUAUGAUAAUGGUGACCACCUGGAAAUCCCUGUGAAGACUCUUAAAGUCAGCACUGACCCCUCUGUGGUUAACAUAUCUGAUGAGAUGGCCAAAACUGCUGUGUGGAAAGCUGUUGCCAUGAACUCUGACAGUGCCAAACUAUUGAAACCUAGUGCCAGUGAAGAGAAGACAGCAAGUAUUAAGAUCAAUGUGGAAGACGAGCAGGGGGAUAAAUGUGUGGAUACAGAGACGUCAUUAUGAGAGACGGACUUACUGAGAGCUCACUGUGGACACUUGCAGGACCCUUAAGAGUCCUCUUGUCUGGAUGGGUGUUGCUCUGUUCUGUGUGCCCUUCCAACCUGCCUAAGUCAAGCCAAAGGUAGAGAUGCCCGAUAGCGGGCAGAGAAAUGACUUCCAGGUAUAUUUAUCAAAUAAUUAAGUUUAUAUUUUUAAUCACACCAACAAACCCUGUUUUUUAUUUUUUUUUAAUUUUGUACAAUUAUGUUUUUAAUACAGUUAAAACACAAUGAUUUCAGACGUUUAGGGUAUGUUAUGAAGAACUCAGACCUUUAGGUUUCAUAUUAUUUUCAUUAUUUUUCUCAAGUCUUUUAGGAUUAGUUUUACACGCCAGAAUUCUGUUUUUCACGGUACCACAGUUUUCACAUCAUGUUUUUUUCAGUAUAUUAAAUGCUGUUUAUUGCAGAGUGUGCCGUUUUAGAAUAAAUAAAUGCAUAUAUGAGAAAAUGUCUCGUUGAGACCAAAAGUGGUGACAUUAGGUUGGACGAACUACUGGAAAAAGAGCAUGCAAAGCAAACACUUCAAAUUGUCAUUUGAAAGACAUAUUAAACCUAAAUACACAGUAAAUUAUUGCACAUUAAUUGUCUCACUGACAGAUUACUUGAUGAUUUAUGUAUAAAUACUAUAUUAAAACAGAACAGUGCAGAAUGAGAACAAACUGAGAUUAAUUUUCGCAGUCACACUGAAAAUAGUAGCUAAAGUAAAAAAAAAAUGUCAAAUUUGAGUAAUGUAAAUUGUUCCAGAUUGUGUUAAACGGUUCCCCCCCACAUUCAUUCAUGUGUUUACAUUGUUUCUCUUUGUUAGUGUUAUGAAAUAGAUUUUUGUAUUGUUAGUACGUAUGAUUUUUACAAUGUGUUAAUCAACUAAUUUAUUAACAGUCAUUUAAUGGUCAAAUAAGCGAUGCGGAGGCAUGAUGGGGCAGAAAGAUUGCUGCAGUGUUGUUGACCUGUCAUUUCUUUCCUUUUCUGUUUCUGGUGUUAAUGUGCACUUUAGGUAGGCUUGCCAUCAUGGCUGUAGGCCUGACAACAACUUAUUUAAUCUAGAGCAGUCUCAGGAAACUCCUUUUUUGCACUCUUUCCCCACACUACUUUUUUUUUUAAUGUUUAAAAAAAAAUCACAUGUCCUCCUUUUUGCUUUUCAUUUUAUGAGAAAUGUCUUUUAAUUUUACACUGGACAAAAAAGUUGCCUUUUUAUCCCAUUUUGUUCAUGCUGAAAAUUUUAAAGUCUACAGAUGUUGACUUUUUUGCAAGCAAUUGUCAAUUAUUUUAUUGGUUAUAAAAUUUCUUUUGAACUGGUUUAUACUGUUUGCAAGCAUAUUGCCACCAUGCAAUAAAAAAAGAUGCUUGUGGAAGCUUCUGUAGGUUUGCCAAGUAUAGUUCAUUUGAAUUAGUAAUUUGCAUGCUUACUGCCUUCAUGCUCACACAGCGCUUCAAAGACCCCACCGUAAAAAUGAAAUACCUCUGACUACUAUACUGUAUGUGAAGACACUCUUUGAUUUGUAAAUCAGUAUGUUCAUUCAGUUCACUUUCACUCUUGCAGCGAGUUGCUUGUUUAUGAUGUGAUCAAUAAAUGCUGGAGUCUGUGGGUGGAAGCAGGAUUGAGUAUCUUGAAGAUGGUUUUCAGUCAUAUGCGGUUAGUAGCCUCACAAUAAGACUCUGAACAAGUAUUGCUGCCGUGGUGUUCUGAGCUUCUGUCUGCACAA